AUGGUGACUUCAACUACAGCAACCCCGUGAGUUCUAGAACUCUAGAAUUCUAGAGAUUUCCCAGAUUCGAAAUAAAGAUCUACUUAAGAUCUACAACCUCGAAUACCUAUUAUAUAGUGAUUGCAGUCGUAGUUCUGAUUGUGAUUGUUUUUUGUCUUGGACUUGUUGGAUAUCUGGUUCAUCGAUUGCUUUUCCGCAAAAAUCGGAACAAAAAUAAGAAGACAGAGAGAAGUGAGGCUGAAAAUGAGAAAAAAGUUGAGGCUGGAAGUGUGGAGACUCCACAACCUCCGAAGAAUUCAACAACAUCCACUUUGAAAACUAUGGAAAUCACAAAUGAAAAAGAAAUCAUGGAAUCGUCAGUUGGAAGAAGUUCGAGGAAGCGGAGCAAGAAAUCGGGAAAAUCGAUAACUGAGAUGAAAGAUCAGAAAAAUUUGGGAGCUGAUGGAGGAAAUCAAGAUAUGGAAAAUUAUGUGUGA